AUGGCGAUGCGCGAUCGAGAGGGACGUACGUUGGCCAAUGCGCACCUCCUCGGCUUUCUGUGGCGCAUCCUCAAACUGCUCUUUUACGGCAUCCGGCCCGUCUUUGUGUUUGACGGUGGCGCGCCGGUUCAAAAACGCCGCACCCUGGCAAACCGCAAGCAGCAGCGCACGAACGCCACCGAGACGCACGCACGCGCUGCCGAAAAGCUCCUGGCCGCACAGCUGCGCCAGGCGGCCCUUGCGCACAUCCACGGGCCUGCACCUGCGCAGGACGAGGGACUCGCUGAUGGAACGGUGUACUACGACAGCGUAGGGCGCACCAAUCGGCCUCAGGUCUCGGGGCGCAUGAACGAUACGCCGGCGGCGGCGCCCCAGAAAAAGCGGCAAUACCACAAGGAUCCGUACCAGCUCCCGGCGCUCGAAGAGGCGCUGCCAACGGGGCCAGCCAAGAAGCAGGACCUGCGCCUUGCUACCGAGUCGGAACUACGUGCGCUGAUGAACCAACUCGCACCGGAUGACCUCGAUACGAACUCGGAGCUCUUCCGCAGCCUCCCGCCGGAACUGCAGUACGAGUUGGUCGGCGACCUGCGCGCACAGUCCCGUGGAACAUCAUACCAGCGCCUCCAGGACAUGCUCGCCGCAGCUCCUACGCCCAUCGACUUUUCCAAAGCGCAGAUCGCCGGACUUCGCACGCGAAACGACCUGACGCAAAAGGUGCUUACCGUUACGGACGAGAUCGGCAGCGCCAAUAUCCAAGUGCCGCUGCGCGUUGCGGGACAGCGCAACCGGGAGUACGUGCUGGUGCACAUCGACGAUGGCGACGGAGGAUACGCAUUGGGAACGCGCGACGCAGGCACGACACAAGAAACGGCCAUUGAUGUCGAAAAGGAAGAGAAGCGCCGCAUGCCGCUCGCGCACAUUGACGACGACGAAGAUCUCGAAGCCCUUGGCAUGGAGGAUGUCGAGAUCCCUAGCGAGGCACCUGCGCCGGACCCCGAGCUCGAUGCGCUUGUCCAUCUCGAAAGUGAUCCCAAGGUGCGAAAAGAGCGCGCAUUAGAACUGCUCGGCGCGCGUGCCGAGCAUCACCGCCGCCAGAAGCGCACCGAGUCAGGUGCCGAGGCACGCGAGGAGCGCAUGUAUGGGCAUGUCGAGAAGCAUGCGCCAUCGACGCUCUUUCGCGACGGCCGCAGCGCUGCAAUGCAGAGAAAAGACGCGACAAGGACGCGCUCGAUUGUGGAAGAGCUUUCGGAUGACGAUGCAGAGGACGAUACGUUUGUUCCGGAUGCCGACGAGGACGACAUGGAGGACGUCGAAGUGGACGCGUUCCGCGAGGAGCGUCCUGCGGCACAUAUGGAUGCGCCGGACGAGAGGGUAGAUGUGCAGAGUGCAGACGACGAGGAUGUCAACGUGUCACUUGCCUCGGCGCGCGAAUCCAAGACGGCGCCUGCGAACGAGCACGCCAUUCCAAACCUCGAGAUUAUACCCAGUGCUCAGCUCGAGGAGGAGUGCAAGCCUCAAGAGGCAAGCGACGUGAAAGAGGAAGAGGACGACGUAUUCGUGAUAUCUUCCCCGGCAAAGCCGGUCAAGGACGUGCUCGACAAGGACCAGAGUGAGCGGAAAGAGCGGGAGCAAAAAAGCGAGGCAUCCGAGCCACAGAUGGCAACGCAGGCGGAGCCGGUCCGUGCGCGAUUGCAGAAAGAUGCACCCUACACGCAAGCGGCGGCCAAGGCAUCGUUAGAGGUACCAGAGCCAGCUACAGAGACGGCUGUACCGAUAAUGACUCCUUUUGCAGAGUCGACGACCAAGGCUGCAACGUCGGCUCCAAGUGCACCGCCCAAGAGCAAGCCUGUGAAGGCCCCUCUUGCGACCUCUGACGCGGAUUGUACGGCCCCAUCAGGAGCUCCAGAGCCUACCUCAGAGGUCCCUUCUGCCCUGUAUGCCCCACAAGCCCCGCCUGAGCCUGUGACUAGAGAGCCCUCUGCACCUACGCCUCAAAAACAUGUCUCCUCGACGCCGAUUCCAUCUGCCCCGCCUCAUGCACCAUCCCAGCGGCCAGAGCUGUCUGCCGACACGAGGCCUUCGGAGCCGGCACCUGUACAGUCCCCACCGGACUCAAUACCCUCCCAGUCGUUCCCCGAUGCGACGCCCGAGCUAACCUACCCGACCCGAGACGAAAGCAAUGCCGGUGCAGCGGCACCCGAGCCAUCACCAGCACCUAUUGCUACGAUUUCGCCCCGCCCCACCGAGGCACACUCCCCCCGGGAUCCUACGCCAUUCGAGUGGUCGCCGAGCCCCUCGCCCGAGCCCCAGAUGCUCGGUCCGGACGGAUUCCCUCUUCCCAGUGCCGAAGAAGUCGCCGAGCUCGAAGAGGCUGAAGAGGCCGAGCUGACGCACCUCGACACCGACCAGACCGAGUUUGCGUCGUUCCUCAGCACGACGAGCGGCCGCAACUUUCGCGAUCUGCAGCGCGAAGUCGGUGCCGAGGUCGAGGCACUGCGGCAGGACCGUGCGCGUCUGCGCCGCUCCGAGGAAGAUGUGACAUUACAGAUGGCGGCCGAAGUCCAGGCGAUGCUGCGUCUCUUUGGUCUGCCGUAUGUCACGGCGCCGAUGGAAGCCGAGGCACAGUGUGCACAGCUUGCAACGCAGAACCUCGUCGACGGAAUCAUCACCGACGACAGCGAUGUCUUUCUUUUUGGCGGCACGCCUGUCUAUCGCAACAUGUUUAACAACAAGCGCAUGGUCGAGUGCUAUUUGUUGAGUGAUAUCCAGCGCGAGCUUAGCCUCGACCGUGGCCGGCUGAUCCAGCUGGCUUUCUUGCUGGGCAGCGACUAUACCGAAGGCCUUGCGGGCGUCGGACCGGUGAUGGCCAUGGAGAUCCUGUCCUUGUACCCCGGCCAAGACGGUCUGGAAAAGUUCCGUGGCUGGUGGCAGCAAGUGCAGAUCGGUGCAGAGAAUGACCCCAACGACAGUCGCAUCAAGGUCCGGCGCCGUAUCAAGCGUGCGCUGCGCGACCGCGUCCAUCUCUCGAACGAUUGGCCCGACCAAGGCGCCAAGCAGGCCUAUGUCGAGCCGAGUGUCGAUGCCAGCGACGAGCCCUUUGUAUGGGGCAAUGCGGAUCUCGAUGCAUUGCGUGCCUUCCUAGGCGAGUAUCUGCACUGGCCAUCGACCAAGACCGACCAGUAUCUCUUGCCAGUAAUUGAGCAGCAGCGCAAGAACGACCGCCUGCGCCGCGUGCAAUCGACGCUGGACCAGUCGGGCUUCAUCUCGGGGCGGCUCGUUGGCGAGAUGCGUUCGUCCGGUGCGCCGCGUGGCCCUGCCUACGGAUCGACGCGUCUGCAAAAGGUCGUUAACGAUUUCCGGUCGGCCGCACGGCAACGUACGCCCGAGGUCGACGAGGCGCCGAAGCGUGCCCCGAAAAAGCGUGCGCCGCGCCGUGCUUCGGAUGAGGAAGAGGAGUAUGUGCCGCGUCCGACACAGCGCCGCCGCAAAGGAGAGAGUGCCGCUCAAGCAGGCCGCUCGUCGUCUCUGAUGACUGAGUAA